AUAAUGCGUAUUCGACACGAAAAUAAACACUUCCACGUGGAAGUCAUGCGCCAUGUAACUUCAAAACCAACUUAUGAAUCCGUUUUGUUUUCCGAAAAGCGUAUCGCAGGCAACACAGACAGGGCUUGUGCAAGACGUUUCUUUUUCUAAGACCACAAAAUAUGGCACAUCACUUCAACAUCAAUAUGUACGAAGUUCUUUUACUGAUGAUAUUGUUCUGGAUUGGAAAUAAAACCGUUGAAGGUUGCGUAGAAGGCUGGGAAUUGAACAAUGGAAAAUGUUAUCUAUUCUCAAUGAAAUAUUAUGGAUGGGAGGAUGCUAAGAAAUAUUGCGAAUAUCUUGGAGCAAAUUUGGUGAAGAUUGACGACGAUGAAGAGCACAAGUACAUAAAAAGCAGGGUUUCAGCGAUGGAAUUACAUUACGCGUGGAUUGGUGCCAAGUACAGCCGUGUUCGUCGUAAACACCUCUGGACUGAUGGAUCCGAAAUAACGUUCAAUGGCUGGGCGCCUGGAGAGCCUGGUGACAGGAAAGGCUGCGUAGACUACCUACAUAAAUACGACUAUUUAUGGAAUUCACAUUGUGAUUGCAAGUAUACACGCGGACCUUUUAUAUGUGAAAAAGACUGUGGUGGAGGUUGGCAAAUGAAGGAUAAUAAGUGUAUUAUUCUACCGGCAACGAGCUGCAGCUUGACAGAAGCAAAGACAUUCUGUGAAGACCAUGGGGCAGUUUUAACCACUGUGGACAAACAAGAAACAGAAGGUAGCAAUGUGGCGUUCGUCUGUGAGAAAGAGUGUGAUAUAGGCUGGGAGAAAUUUGGUAACAAGUGCUACCUACACACGGACAAAGAGCGUAGCUGGGAAGACGCUAAGAGAUACUGUGAAGAAGUUGAUGCAAGUCUGGUCAAGGUUGAAGGUGAGGAGGAGCAUAAAUACAUCCAGCAAAAAGUCUCGGAUGCAAGACACGUGUAUGUAUGGAUAGGAGCCAAGUAUGAUCCCGAGCACGGUGAGCACAGGUGGAUCGAUGGUUCCCCAAUGAACUACAGCAGCUGGGCACCAGGAUUACCUGGAAGCAUUCAAGGAUGCGUAGACUAUCUACAUAAAUAUAAUUACAACUGGAAUACACAUAGUGACUGCAAAUACACUUUGGGUCCAUUUAUAUGCCAGAAAGCUCCGAAAGGACACGAUGAAAGUAUAUUUGAUAAGGAAGAUACUGCACCAACACGCAUUGCCGGUCCAGAACCAACGCUGAAGCCAACGGAUAGCGCUGUUAACUUAGAUGACGUGUUUGAAGGUUCAGACUUUUGUGGUGAAGACACACAGACGGAAGAAUCACGUUUGACACCAAGCUAUGUGCCAAAGUCAACAGCUGACGAAAUAGCCGUUUCUAGGCCAAAGGUAGACAUUACCGACCAACCGAUUGUCAACAUUCCGACAAUGGAAGAUGGUUUACGUAUCACGAUUGCCACUGAAAAGACAGACAUAAAGAUCGGAAGGAUAGUGUCGGGACCUGAUAAGCCAAGCUAUGUGUGUUACCCCAACAACACGAUAAUUGUCCGUGGUUUACCCGAAAACUCGUAUUACCUCGCAAUGCAAAACAUAUCUUCUAGUACUAACAUCAAAUGUACAGUCUCAAGGUUAAACACGACGUCAAUAGAAAUCACAGGAUGUUUAAAGGAUGACCCUAUUUUAUUCACAUAUGGUUCCUAUGCUGGGAUUGAAACGUACGAGGUACAUGUAGGACAAUCUGUUUACAUCAGAUGCUAUGAGAUAUCUGAAGACGGCGUCUCUGUUGUUAUUAAUAACACCUUUGCCGUUAACUUGCAGAUUGACAGCGAAACUAUGGUCGAUCCCUCAUACAAUGUGACAUCUUCAUUGAAUACAACAUCUACUAACGUUGGUGAGCCGGUAGCUUGGACCAUUACUUUUCCAGUUGACUACAUUCUUGAAGUGACCAGCUGUACAGCGGAGCCAGAUACAACGGACAAUACAAAUCUACUAGUUCAGCUGAUCUCAGAGGGCGGAUGUAUGGUUGAUAGUGAACUGAUCAGCAAUUUUGAAGACAAUUUAGAUGGAACAGCUGUCGCAACGUUGAUGUCAUUCAAGUUCUUUAAUUACGACAGCAUCUUGUUGAAAUGUGACGUCAUAAUUUGUCCUGGUGCGUCAAACGCGUGUAAUACGACAUGUUCACGACAGAAAAGAGAUAUUCCUGACCGAUCAUACAGGCAAGCAGACGACAGCUUUUCAACAGUUGUACAGAGUCGUCUACAUGUAAUAGAUCACAAGUCUAGCGGAACAAUGCCAGCCCCUCAAACUGUGGCAGUUAUGAUGUUUCAACUUCUUGCAGUGCUUCUGAUAAAGUAAACAACAACAGAAUUGUUUUGAUCUGCAUUUCGUAGUGGCAUUCAUUAACAUUGUUUUCUUUUCCUGGACGGUAUGUUCUGUUAAAAUAGAAUGCAUCUGAGCCGUUUAGCUGCAUUUUCAUCAUGUGUAGUUUUUUGCCAUUAUAUUCAUAUUCUGUGCUGUCGUGUCGAGUUUACAACACAUGUAUUCUGUUGACAUUAUUUGCAGUUCUGUAUUGUCAUGUUGAUUUUUCAACACAUGUAUUCUGUUCGCAUUAUUUGCAGCUCUUUCCUGUCAUGUUGAACUUUUAACCAUUACAUUCUGUUGAAAAUGUAUGCAUUUACUUCAAGCCUUUCCACUACAUGUAUAUUCUUCAAGUCAGUUAUAAUCUGUGUUGAUACUGUUUGCAUUAAUGUGGACUUUGAUGAACUUUCAACAGUUUAAAUGAUUCUUUUGCAACACUGUACGUUCCUGUCCUGCCGUCUAGAAAGUUCAACAUGUAUAUUUUAUUAUGCUCCCCGAAGGGCGAGCAUAUAGUUGCCGCUUUGUCCGUCCUUCAGUCCGUCCAUCACACUUUUGUCCACCACACUUUUGUCCGGAGUAUACAAUGUAACUUGAAAAAUAUAGAUGGCAUUUGGUUGAAACUUCACAUAAUCAUAGAGGCCAUUGAGACAAAGUGCAGUGUUAAAGAAUCAUAACUCUACCUUACCUAGUUUUUGAAUUAUCUCCCUUUAUUAUACAAAAUAAGGCUUGUCCGGAGCAUUACUUGAAAAGUGUUGAUGGCAUUUCAUUGAAACUUCACAAAAUGAUAGAGGUCAUUGACGGAAAGUGCAGUGUUAAAGAACCAUAACUCUACUUUAUCUAGAAUUAUCUCCCUUUAUUAUACAAAAUAAGGCUUGUCCGGAGCAUUACUUGAAAAGUAUUAAUGGCAUUUCAUUGGAACUUCACAAAAUGAUAGAGGCCAUUGACGGGAAAAUACGUUUUACCGAUUACUUGUUGACAAUGUUUAGAUUUGUGUGCAGUCUUGUUGGACUGUCAAUGUGUAUGUUCUGUUUAUACUGUAUGAACUUUCAGCCCUAGAACUAGCAUUGUAUAUUUAAAUAUUUAAGAGAUAUCACUACAAAUGUAAAAGCUAUGUGUAUAAGGGCGUUUAGACGAUAUUUCUUACGAAAAAGUGACAUAUCUUUAUGUUGGCACACGUACAGAAAGAGCUCACUCGUGUUGAAAGAGGUGGCAGUUGACGUGUAAGAGCUGGUGGCUUUUCAAGUUAGCUCUUUAAGCAACACUGCUAGCACUUAUUUGAAUGAGAAUACUUGAGAACUUAAAAUGCUAGCAGUAUUUUCCUUAAGAUAGUGCAGAAAAAAACAAUUUAAGAUAGAAUCCCCCACCCCCGCCGAUAAUUAUUGUGGACUAAACAGAAGUGCUCGAUUUAAUUUAAUUCCGUUCGCAGAGGUUGAACAGAAAUACGUGUAGCUCCUUUUUGAAUAUUGUCUCUCAUUGCUAAUAAUAACAUUUUGUCUAUAGUAAUUGAACAAAUGGUAAAACGGUUUGCCAUUACUUUGUCAUGAACUUUCAACCGACGCCUGCAUUUUUAUGCUACCGUGCAUUAUUUAAAAUAUAAUAUAUAUUAUCAUGUAACUUUACAGAAAAUUUUAAUAUAUAAAAACUAUAUUGCAUGCAUAUUAUCCUGUUUCUUUAUAGAAGAUGUUAGUAUAUAGAAGUACGUUAGUAUAUUGUAUGCAUAUUAUCCUGUUGCUUUACAGAAUAUGUUAAUAUAUAGAAACAUGUUAGUAUAAUUAUUGCGUUUUACAGAUACUGUUAAUAUUAAGAAAUACGUUAGUAUAUUGCAUGCAUACUAUCCUGUUGCUUUACAGAAAAUGUUAAUAUAUAGGAACAUGUUAGUAAAUUGCAUGCAUAUUGUCCUGUUGCUUCAUACAGAAAAUGUUGAUAUAUAGAAACAUGUUAGAAUAUUGCGCUUUACAGAAAAUGUUGAUCUAUAGCAAUACGUUAGUAUAUUGGAGGCAUAUUAUCCUGUUGCUAUACAGAAAAUGUUAAUAUAUUGAAACCUGUUAGUAUAUUGCAUUCAUAUUGUCCUGUUACUAUACAGAAAGAAAAAUAUAUAUAUAUAGAAAAAUGUCAGUAUACUGCAUGUAUAUUCUCAUGUUGCUUUACAGAAAAUGUAAAUAUAUAGAAACAUGUUAGUAUAGUGCGUUGUCCUGUUGCUAGAUCUAUACAGAAAAUGUUAAUUUAUAGAAACAUGUUAGUAUAUUGCAUGCAUCUGGUGCUGUUGUUUUACAGAAAAUGUUAAUAUAAAGAAACAUGUUAAUAUAUUACGCUUUAUAGAAAAUGUUAAUGCAUAAAAAAUGUUGGUAUGUUGCAUAUACUUCAUUUAGCAAAACAUUAAAGAUAUUAAUAUAACUGGCA